UGGGGUUAUUUUAAAGUAUACUAUCAUUAGUAAACCUAAAAAAAUCGUUUGGCUUUCAUUAAUAAAAGCAUAAAACAUGGUUGGCCACUUGCCUUUUCAGCGAAGACGUUUCGCUAUGUGGCUAACGUAGAUACGAGAUAAGAAGACCCACUGUGGCCUUAGCAUUCCGUACGGGACUCACUCAGUCUCAAAUGUUAGGGAGAAUAACCAAAACGUUAUUUUUUUUAACUUGCUAUCCAGCGUCAUCUGACAGGUAUGCUUAAUGACCGGGGGCAUGAAAUGUUUGUCCGUGGUGAAACUAAACUAUUAAAUUCAAUAAAUCCACUCCAUCGGCGGCUACUGCCCUGGCAUACUACUGAUACAUUCUACUUCUUGCAAGCACUGUAUUGUACCAACGAGCGGACACGAAUUUGAUCGUUCCGACCAUACAGCAGACGUGUUUUGGUCUCAAAAAUACAGUGAAAAGAUGACACCCGCUGCCACAUAUGUUAAAAAAAAACGUUUUUGCAACGUCGUUUGCAUAGACAAUGCUGUCGGGAGAAGCUGCGGAGUCCCGAGUUUACAGUUGGAGUUACGAGCUAAAUUAAUAUUAGUCGGUGAUAUUGUCGGUAGUAGAAUUGCAUUUUAUUUGCAAAAUCUAGUAAUAUUGUGUAUGACAUACACUGCUCUUUUUAAACGGUCUGUGGUUUUUUGCUACACUAUUUUUGAAUGGUGUUUACGUUGUGAGGUAGCUGGGCUACGUAAACUACGUCAUCUCCGAUUCCUCAGUCCUCGCCACUUAUAAACAUCGUAACGGUAGAGAUGGCAACCAGGAUAUCUUAAAAACGAUGUUUGUUUAGAUUGUUCAAUGGACACAAAGCUCACCCGUUGAUUUCACAUUAGCUGGAUAACCGGACACCAUGGAGGAACCGUGGGACUUUGAGUUUUUAUCACGCAUCGCUGAUGGCUGCUUAUCGUUUCUGUCCGAGUUUGUGGACGACUGGCUCACCAACGAUAUGAGAGUCUCCAUAUUCAAGAUCUUGCUGAGCUGGUUAAUUUUUAGUCUUAUCGCAAUUCAUUUUGCAUGGAAAGUCUACGGGAAUACAGUGAACGAUAUGUAUUACCGACAAGGGACUGGGCAGAACGGAGGCACACCUGAUACAGCACCUCACCUGAGUGGAUGGAAGAGCAAAGCAGGAGAUAACCUUAAGACUCAUCGAGAUUAACAGGUCAUUGGCUUUGAACUUUGGACUUUAUUUCAAAUGAGAACUGGACAGUUCACAUUUCCCAGUGAUACUGAUUGCACCAAUAUUUUUUUGAAAAGCAUCAGCUUCAGUGCAUUCAAGAUGGAUGCACCUUCUGGGGACUGCCCAGAGAAACUUUACUUGGAUACCAACAGUGUCAAUCUUGUAUCCAGUAAGUUUACUAUAUAUAGUGCUGUGAUAUGUUUAUUUCAGCCAGUCAGCUUUGGUUGUUGAACAGAACUUUAUUCUGCAUAAAAACUUUGAUUUGUUUUACUUCAUGGUCAGCUUUUUGCAUUCCUUUCAAGAGGCUCUAGAACAAAUGUGAAAAAUACUGUUGGGUUUGCAUGUGAAUUGAGGAUGCUUUAAUAACACUGUUUUGAUAACAGACCAGAUAAUUUCCACUCUGAGACAAAAAGCAAGAAAACAUUAUUGUACUUGAUUUUAACUAUGUAUGGAAGGGGAAAAGUACUGCGUUUUUUUAAGCCAGGACACACAGGAUUACGUGGACAGAUUUUUAAAUGGUAAGGCUGAAAUUGCAUCAGCAGGAGCAAGUGAAUGAUGGCAGCGAGUGCUGCUCAUGUGUCUAGUAAUGAUUAGAAAGAUUCUUAGUGGUGGAUGGAGUAAUUUUAUCACUGGUCUUUCAUAAAUAAUGCAUAUGGUCUGUCUGAAGACAGAUCCAUGAAAAUCACUUACAACUUCAAUUACAUUUUAACAACCACUGUUUCUCAUAAGAUGAAAAGAGCAUUGUGUGCAUUUAAUGGGAAACACAGAAUGCCUGUGUUAAGUAUUUGAUCCCCUUUGACUUUUACAUGUUUCAUUCAUUUUUCUUUACCAUUGACUCACAGCAAACACCUGUGUCAAAGUGAAAGCAAAACUCUAAAGAUUGAUUAAAAUUAGUACAAAUAUAAAAUAAUUAUUUACACAAGCACACGUAUCCCAUUUAUAACAUCUAAUGUGCACAAUCUGAAUGGAAAUUACCAUUCCAUACCAAACAUUUUUGCCUGGACUCUUUACAGGCUGUGGCUGUAUUGCCAAGCUAUUCCCGUUAUUCAAGGUCUGAACUGUAUCAGAAAUCACCAGAAACCCAGCACCUCUAACAUGAAGCAUGACGGCAGGUUGUCGGGGUGCUUCUUUGCAGCAGGAUUGAAAACCGCUGCUCAUCCAAUCCCCAUGUUACUCAAAAGUGCUUGAGCAGUUUUGUUAAGAGGACUGGGGGAAAAAUGGCAGUGUCCAGACAGCAAAGCUGAUACAGUCCUGCAGUCCUGACCAUACUGGGUGGACUCAAGGCUGUUGGCAAAGGUGCCUUUUUACUUUAGAAGGGUGAACACACGAAUUCAUUUUUUAAUAUAUUUGUACUAUGUACAUAUCAGUUUCUUUCACUUUGGCAUGAGUUUUUUUUAUGUUAAUCUGUGUGAAAAAGCUUAGUUACAGCCACUGUGAUUUAAAGAAAUAAAAGGUGUUUAAUAGUU